UCUGCUUCAGCAUCCCUCGCUCGACGCUCCAGGCGGCAUCACCCAGCAGCAGCAGCAGCAGCAGCAGCAGCAAUGUCCGUGGCGGGCUUUAAGAAGCAGUUCCACAAAGCCACUCAGAAAGUGAGUGAGAAGGUUGGUGGAGCAGAAGGAACCAAGCUAGAUGAGGACUUCAAAGAAAUGGAAAGGAAAGUGGAUGUCACCAGCAGGGCCGUGAUGGAAAUAAUGACCAAGACAAUAGAAUACCUUCAACCUAACCCAGCGUCCAGAGCUAAACUCAGCAUGCUCAACACCAUGUCCAAAAUUAGAGGGCAGGAAAAAGGACCAGGUUAUCCUCAAGCGGAGGCACUGCUAGCAGAUGCAAUGUUAAAGUUUGGAAGAGAACUUGGAGAUGAAUGCAACUUUGGUCCAGCUCUAGGGGAUGUUGGGGAAGCAAUGAGGGAGCUUUCUGAAGUGAAGGACUCUUUGGACAUUGACGUGAAACAGAAUUUUAUUGAUCCCCUUCAAAAUCUCCAUGACAAAGAUCUGAGGGAAAUACAGCACCACCUUAAGAAAUUAGAAGGGAGGCGCCUGGACUUUGAUUACAAGAAGAAAAGACAUGGCAAAAUCCCAGAUGAGGAACUCCGUCAAGCUCUGGAGAAGUUUGAUGAGUCAAAGGAAAUUGCUGAGUCAAGCAUGUUUAAUCUGCUAGAGAUGGAUAUUGAACAAGUGAGCCAGCUUACUGCACUUGUACAAGCCCAGCUGGAGUACCACAAGCAAGCCACACAGAUCCUCCUUCAAGUUAGUUCCAAGCUGGAAGAGAGGAUAAAAGAUGCAUCAGAUCUGCCCAGGAGAGAAUAUCAGCCAAAGCCCCGCAUGAGCUUGGACUUUACUGACAAUGCUCAACAGAAUGGAGGAAUCUCUAAUGCCACCACCCCAAAGCCCUCAGGUUUUGCUAUGGACCAGCCGUGCUGUCGAGCUCUAUAUGACUUUGAUCCAGAAAAUGAAGGGGAGCUGGGCUUUAAAGAGGGUGACGUUAUCACCCUCACGAACCAGAUUGAUGAAAACUGGUAUGAAGGGAUGCUUCAUGGCCAGUCCGGCUUCUUCCCUAUCAAUUAUGUGGACAUUCUUGUUCCUUUGCCUCGUUAGGAUGGCUGGGUCACCAGGUCUGAACCUCCCAAUCCCCCCUAGAAAAGUCAUGUGUUGAUACCACUGCUUUUAAAUAAAUAAAUAAAAAUGGCUGCCUACUCCACAUCCCAAAUACAAGCUGCAGUGGUUCAAAUAGUCAUCGGGCCCCACAGACAAUCUUUGGUUUUCGUGUCGUCAUGCUGCGUAGUGGUGAUGCGUGGUAUCUUCUCAAGGCGGGGCAGCCAGGCACAUGGGAUUUUCCCAUACGUCCAUGCUUGCCUCAGAGAAGUUUGCACAGUAAUGGGGAGGGAAGGUGGUGGUAACUCUUGAUGUGGCUCAGUGAUCGUGUUGUGGAAGGGAAAACGCUUGGAUUAUUUGGGAAGAUAAAGCAUAUCACCACUCUAGGGCCAUUUUAGUUCUCUCUAGGAAUUAUGGGGGAGGGAAAUGCCUGUGGUCAUCCCAUCUUUCCCUUCCCACAGGAUGCAGUUUAUGCAGGCCUAAUAAUCGCUAACCAGCUUUUUGUGUCUUAUCUCAAAAAUGACUGAGUCCUGUCCUUGGAGAAAGCAGCAAAGCAUAUAUUUUAGUUUCUCCACAAAGGAGCCACCACUAUUCUGUACGUGCUGGUGGCAUAGUACCACCUUUUAUAUACUAGAUCAGGGGUGGGCAGAACAUAGAUUGGGAACUGCUGUUUGAUCUCUGAAUGGUUUGCAGUAGAUUGGCAAGUGUUUCUGACUCCCAAAUGUUUAAAGAUAGCAACAAUGAAAUGGCUUUUUCCACCUAUACUAGGCUGCUGAAAUGAAGAGAGCUGAGGAUAGCCAGAAGUGGAUGCUUGUGAGAAAGGACUGUGAGUUUAGCUCACUUCCAGAACUGAAAACAAAUUCCUCAGCUCAGAGUGCGCUCAGAGGCACUCUCUUCUUUCAUUCUAAGUAUACAUCUCUUGCAUAUGGUUCUGGCUGGUGGAUCUUGUGGUUCUAUUUAAAAAGGCCAAAACAAAACACACACCCCUCCCAAAGUAGAUUAGACAAACCUGACGUCUGCCCACUCUUGUUCCGUUGUUAAAUAAAUGGCCCAUUGAGGUCAGAUUUUAAAAAAAUUCAACACCCCGGCUAGGAAAAGUGUGGGACCACAAGCCUGCUCAGAAACU